AAAUGACAAAGUGACAAAUUUCUUUUUUGUUCAAUUUAAGCAACUUAAAAAACUUAAACGAAGACAAUAUAAACGAUUUUCUGGAGUGGCACAUAUUAUAGUAUUUUCACUGGCCUACCCUGUGUCCCCGAAUAAUGGAUUCGUGUCAAAGUUGAACUGGGAUUUUCGGUUUCGCAUCCUAAAGCAAUGUAAAUAAUAUAAGCAAAAAGUGAAAAUUACGAAGCAACCGAUUGACCGACCGCAUUGGUACACACAUAUAUAUGUUGUUCACACAAUAAAGUACACAAGUUAACAAUAACUCCAAUCAAAGAUCACGAUUGACACUUGGUUAACGUCAUUUCAAUGUCAGCUUCCACUUCGGUUGUGUUCGCGAGUUGUGUUCUGAAACACUGCACAAAGUACUCAAAAGCCCGAAGGGCAGAGAACAACAACAACAACAACGGCAUCGAGUAAACCAGGGACAACCAGGGACAGGAUCUUGACUACGGCGAUUACUUGCUGCGUUUCAAAGAUGCAUUCAUCGUCUGCGGCGUCAAACGCGCUUGUGGAAUACUCUGACGUAAGUUCCGAGGAUUUCUCUGAUCCCGAGGCUGGAGAAAUCGACUCGGAUGCAGCGUUAGCUGGCAGAGGUGCGUCAGGUAGAAAACCAGAAAAUCAGAGUCAGAACAAAAUGCAAAGCUCGGAUUCUGUCAUACGUAUCACAAAAACCAAUGACUACAGGAAGAGACAUACCGAAGAAGAUGAGGACAUGGCUUCAAUAACUGCAAUUGGCUCCUCGAGGUCGAGGCAGGUUUCUGUUGUUGCCAGCGGCAGCAGUAGGCUGAGCAUUGCCUCUGUCACCGAGAAAUCAAAUCAUCAUCGCACCGACAUCGCAUUGACGACAGCCAAGAACUCAAAUGACGAGCAAUUGCAGUGGGAUCGGGAAUUGUAUAUGUCAAGCGACUCGAUCGACACCGAUGAGUUGGAGGCUGAAAUGAAGCGACAGAAGCGCAAGAAGCUGAAGAAGGACAAGCACAAACAUAAAUCAAAGAAGAAAUCAAAAAAGCGCAAGAAGAAGCGGGCCAAGUCAUAUUCGAGCAUUGAUUCCCUAUCAGACAGUAACCUCGACACUUUGCUGGACAGACACAGUCGCUAUACGCCACCAACGGCUCCAAAUCGGGCCAAGAGUGCUGAGCGCACAGUCAGCGCUGCAUUACCCAACUAUACGCCACACAAAGACAGUCAAAGCAGUCCCAUAUCAGCUGGCACUCCGCCCGCCCGACGCCCCAACAGUAAUAGUAAUACCUAUUAUGGCGAGCCUGCUGCUCCUACGCCAAGUACUCCCAUAGGCAGUAGCCUCCAGGUGACUGUAACGAACAAAACGAACUCAAACAGUCGACAUCGAUCGCCUCCAGCUCGCGUCGGCGUUGGUGGCACAAUCAAGCGUUAUGCCACCUCUCCACGCACUCCUCCACAGUCAUCAUCCCUCGGCCACUCGCACCAAAGCACUGGAAGUGCAAGGGACUCGCGAAGUUCUCGCUAUGUGCAGAGCCCACUUAAAGAUGAUUUGAAUGCUCAUCACCGUUCGGGAAAUACGUAUUCAGCACGCUAUUCGGCAAGUGGAUCCGUUCCUGGACAGGGGGGAAAACUGAAGCGUAUGUCGCCGGAACUGGAUCGUUAUCACCAUCAACCGAGCACGCCACCGCACAAACGGCGAAAGUUUGGUGAUGGUCGUGAUGGAUCGUUGUCAUCGUCUGUGGGCACAUUUGAGCACGGCAGGCACCAUGCUGUUAAAUACGAACGCUACAGCAGAGAUCGAUAUUCGCGGCGGGCAUCCAAGAGUCCAAGCGUACACCGAUUAUCGCGUGGUCGACUAUCGCCAGGUGGAGGAGGAGCCACAUCCGGCGGCAGCAAUUCAAAUAUGUAUCGCCAUAGUAAUAGCAGUCAUAAGCACAGCAAAUAUGGAGCUCCUCACUCGCCUUCGCCUCCAAUGUCAGCGAGGUCGUCUUCCAAACGAGCCUCUGGCAGCGGAAUGGGCAUUUCCGUUGAGCGUUACACAUCGCGUUCUCCUCGGCCCAGUUCGCGUUAUUAUGAGGCAUCGCCACCUUCGCCGGCGGGUGUUUCGGGCUCCAGCUCCCAUUACCACAGACGCUCUCCCAGGUCACAUCAGCAUCAUCGCAACAGCAGCCGCAAACGUUCACCCAGUUCAGGCAGUAGUCGGAGCUCCCGAUCCCGCUCACGAUCACCAACGUCGCGUGAUCUAAAGCAUAAGCGCGAUGAAUACAUUAAGAAGAUAAGCGAAACGAGCUUAUUUGCCGAGCUGGUUAAGGAUCGUCACAAGCGACAAAAGGCGCUGAAGGAGAUUAUUGAACGGCAAGAAGAAAACAGCAACAGCAACGGCGCAUUGACCAUCAACGAGAACAGCUCCUCUGUGGAUGGCAACACGCCCAACGUGGCCGACAAUCGCUCAUCAUCUUAUCUGGCACCACAAUCCUCAGCUAGUGCGACGCCAAAUGGAAUCGUUGGCGGUGGCAAACCUGAUUUGGACGUAAACAACAUUCCAAUGCCAAACAGAGAGAAUGAUAUACUAAAGCUUAAUCCGAAUGUUGUUGUUAGCACUGAUGUUACGGAUGACUCUUCAAUAACGACAGUGGCUCUUAAAACGAAUGUUAACCAAAAACCGAAAAGUCUUACAGCUUUACCAAUGCCGCCGGGCAUGAGUGCAGCUGAUUUGGUGAGUGCACCAACGCCAUCGCCGCCAGAUAUGUGCAAGUCUGUUAAGAAGCUAUCGUCUGAGGAGAAAACCCUAACCGCCAAUGCCAACAAGAGCCUUUUGAAUUUGCCAAUGCCGCCUGUUAUACCGGGCAGCGAGGAGCUGAGCGGAGAUGAUGAUGUCAUCGACAGUCCUGAAGACUUUGAUACGCCCAGUGGCAAUAGCAACAGCACGAAUGCGAAUACGGGUGUAAAUGCAAGUGCAUCACAAGCUGCAGCACGUCGUCGUCCAGUAAUACUUAAUCGUCGCGACUCACGAAACAAUGUAAGGGAUUGGGGCGAACGGUGCGUGGAUGUGUUCGAAGUGAUUGCCCAGAUUGGCGAGGGUACAUAUGGACAGGUAUACAAAGCGCGGGAUCAUCAUACUAACGAUAUGGUGGCACUGAAGAAGGUGCGUUUAGAGCACGAAAAGGAAGGUUUCCCCAUAACGGCUGUGCGCGAGAUAAAAAUACUAAGGCAACUGAAUCACCGCAACAUUGUGAACUUGCAUGAAAUUGUGACGGACAAACAGGACGCUGUUGAAUUUCGCAAGGAUAAAGGUUCCUUCUAUCUGGUUUUUGAGUAUAUGGAUCACGAUCUCAUGGGUCUUCUCGAGUCCGGAAUGGUUGAUUUCAACGAGGAGAACAAUGCAAGCAUUAUGAAACAGCUAUUAGAUGGCCUUAAUUACUGCCACAAAAAGAAUUUCCUUCAUCGAGAUAUUAAAUGUUCUAAUAUUCUGAUGAACAACAAGGGCAAAGUUAAACUAGCGGAUUUUGGCCUGGCUCGUUUAUACAAUGCAGAUGAUCGAGAACGUCCCUAUACGAACAAAGUCAUAACGCUUUGGUAUCGUCCACCAGAGUUGUUGCUGGGUGAAGAGCGUUACGGGCCGUCCAUAGACGUAUGGUCUUGUGGCUGCAUAUUGGGGGAAUUGUUUCUGAAGCGGCCGCUGUUUCAAGCCAAUGCAGAAAUGGCGCAACUUGAAACUAUAUCGAAAAUAUGCGGAUCUCCAAUUCCUGCCGUUUGGCCCAAUGUAAUUAAACUGCCGCUUUUUCAUACACUUAAACAGAAAAAAACGCAUCGCCGGCGUUUGCGUGAAGAUUUCGAGUUCAUGCCAGCAUCAGCACUUGACCUGCUCGAUAAAAUGCUAGACUUGGAUCCAGACAAACGCAUUACAGCAGAAGAUGCCCUCCGGUCGCCAUGGCUGAAGAAUAUCAAUCCGGAUGAAAUGCCAACGCCACAAUUGCCCACAUGGCAGGACUGCCAUGAGCUGUGGAGCAAGAAACGGCGUCGCCAGCUGCGUGAACAGCAAGAGUCACUGCCGCCAGGUGUCAUUUGCUCAGCCAAGUAUCAACAGCACGGUGCCGCGAUGGUGGGAGAUGCCUAGCAUUUACUAUAUGCUUCAUACUUCAAUGAAGGGGAAGACUAUAAACAGCGAGACGAGGAGGUGGAGUGUGCCUGGUGGCAAAGUUAAUAUCUAAGUUUUGUAACGAAUUACAAAUAGUUGGCAGGUGCACAGACUCAGAUCGGGUUGACAUGCUCUACCAAAGCACUCUAUUGUUUAAGUCGUCUCUAUAAACAAACCUAGAUUAACUAAGAUUACAUUUAAAAGUGAUGAAUUGCUUCAAAUCAGGCAUUUCAAAUUGACCGCUGUAUAAUAUUGUAAUGUAUAUAUACUACUUACUGCUAUAUUUUCAAACCAAUAAUCUAUUGGCGCAUCAAAUGUUCUUACAUUUUUUUUAUGUUUAGAGUAAUUACAUACUAUCAACAAACUUACACACAUAUUGGCAAUAAAGAAGAGCAUGAGAUAUAGCACACACUUAACCAAUGUGUAUUAAAUUUAAUUCUUCUGUUUGAACUCUAUUAACUCUAUUAAAACAAAAAACAAUUGACAAUUUAAUGUGUUUAUUUUUCAAGAAAACAGUAAACAGCGCUUAGUUUCAAAAUAAAAGCGGAAUUGUGAAGCAGUUAAAGGUUAGCAUUUUAACACUAAAUAAAUUGUUAUAUAUACUAAUAUAUACAUAAAUACUAAGUUAGUAGUAAAGUUAUUUAUAAGUUUAUCAACAUAUGCAUGUUGUUCGUAUAAUACUAUAAUUGAUUAUUUUGUUAGAUAUUUAAAUUAAAUUGUAAAGUUAAAAUUGAAUUUAUCAAGUACUAGUAUCAAUGUGUACUAAAUGCACCCAAACAGAUAUAUUUUAAAAAGCUUAUAUUUUUUAAUAUAUAAAUCAAGCCGUUUAAGAAGAAACAUUUGUAUAAAAAUUACUAUAUAAUAAAAAUUAAUCUGCGUGAGACUGAAAAUAAUUGAACACAAAAUUGUGCAAUUUGAAUAACGAGAAUUGUAAAAUCGUUAAUUAUGAAUUCCAAUAACAAGACAUUAAUCUCCCAAAGCGCGAAUCAAAUUGAAAUUUGGUUUUUAAAUUGUAAAAUCUGUCGAUCUGUCAAUCCGUUUACACAUUACACAAAUAUACAUAAACUGGAUUAUUAUAUUGA